AUGUCUACUUCACCGACGCUGCCCGCUGAAGGCCGGGCUGGCUCUUCCAAGUCCGGCUCCUCCGGCUCACUUCAACGAGGAAAAGCGUGUCUUAACUGUCGACGCAGAAAGAUGAAAUGCGACGGCAUACGUCCAACCUGCGGUCCGUGCAGCCACGCAGGCCGCGCCGAAGACUGCGAGUAUGCAGACGCACAGGGUCGCUCCCGCACGCAGACCCUCCUCGAUACGAUCAAACGCCUAGAAACGCGCAUACAAGAACUCGAGAACCCAGAAAGCACCGCACCGAACGUCCUGCUGUUUGACCCUCACAGCACUGCUCAACUUCAAGCCUCGCCCGGGCACUCCCCGACGGGCCCAUCGAGCCCCGCCGAGAGUUCGCGAGGCGGCCCGCCGACUACGAUCUGGGACGCGGAAGACCUGCCGCCCGAGAUCGCGUUCGAACUCAUCGAGAUUUUCUUCCAGAAUGUCGGGCAUGUUCCCUGGUUUCUGCACGAGGAGCGCUUCCGGGCGAGCGCCGCACUGCCGCCGGGAAACUUCGACCGCCCGGUCCCGGCGCUUCUCACCGCGGUGCACCUCUGGGGCAUCAAGUUCGCAGACUCGGACGACCUGUCCCUGCACGCGCCCGGCAUCCUCGCGCAGGCGCUCAGCCAGAUCGGGCACGCGCUCGCGGGCGCGCCGUCGCAUAGUGUCGUGCAGGUCAUCCAGGCGCACGUCCUCCUCAGCACGUACCUCUACCACGUCGGCCGCUUCGUCGAGGGCAGCGUGCACACGGACGCCGCGGCCGCACUCGCGGUGCACUGUCACCUGCACAAGCUGCGCUCGGCGCAGCCCACGCCGCCGCGGGCGACGUAUAUGGACCCGAUAUGCGUCGUGCUGCCUGAGCCGCGGGACCAGAUCGAAGAGGGGGAAAGGAUUAACGCGUUUUGGGUCAGUUUCGCGCAGGAUAGGGUGUGGGCGGUCGUGCUGGGCGUGCCGACGGCUAUAUUUGAUGUGGAUGGGGUCACGCAGAUCGAUACGCCGUGGCCGUUGGAGAUGGAGGUGUACGAACGGGGCUGGUUGCACCCUGAAUUGAGAACGAGUGGCACAUUGAAGGCGUUUCUCAACGGAUUGACUACGGGCUGGCCAUGGGAGAACGACAGCACCCUAACCCGCCUCGCAAAGGGCUCCGCCCUCCUCGAACGCGCCACGCGCCUCGCCGCAUCCUGGCGCCCCGACCUCCCCGACGCGACCGGGUUCUACAACGACUUUCUCGCGCUCGACGCGCGCAUCGAGGAGUUCAAAACCAGUUUAUCCCCCAUCUCAACCUUGUCCACUAUGCCAGUGCCGGACCGGCAAAGGCUGCACGCGACGCACUGUAUAGCGCAGUGCGCGAGCAUACAGCUGCAUGCGGCGUUUUCGGGCCAGAACUCGGGAUCGAGGACGAAGUGUCUGGAGGCGGGGUUGGCGAUUAUUAGGACGGCUGCUGCUGCGCGUGUUACAGAGUUCAGCUUUCUCGACCACGGUGUUGCGGCGAUGUGGGCAGCCGUGUGCCGCGUCCUGAUCAACGAGAUCAUCACCGUGCGCUCGCUCUACGUCGACCCGACCGCGGUCCAGAUGCCCGGGAGGGAGGCAGAGCUGUUCGCGGCGCUGGACGAGCUGCAGGCUGCGAUGGCGCAUUUCGCGCCGACUUCCGCUUUGAUGAAUUAUCAGCUUGGGCGCAUUCAGCAGGAGCGCAUUGCCGUUUGA